AUGCAACCACCAGUCAUCGGCCUUUUUUAUUGGACUCUUUUUAUCAUUGUUUGCUUGUGCAUGGUAACAACAUCAAGCAGCUGCAGCAGCACCACAAGACGGGUCGGUCUCAAAGGAGAACCUUUGAUUGUUCUUCCAUUGAGCGAUUAUAACAACUUUUAUUAUACGGUCAAUGCACAUUUCGGAACUGAUAAAAGUAAUACUUUCAAGCUUUUGGUGAACACGAACGGUGGAUUUUUGACAGUAACUUCCUCAAAAUGUGGUUGGCAAUGUUGGAAGCAUCCCAAGUAUGAUUCCAGUAAAUCAAAAACGUAUAAACCCGAUGGACGAAAUGUCGAGUGGGAUAUUGGAGAAUUUCAAUUUUAUGGAAUUCUCGCGAAUGAUCAAUUGGCCUUACUUGCCGAUGAUAAUUCUGAAGCAGUCUUGGUAAAGAAUGUAACCUUUGCUGAAUUGGUCAAGUCCUCCGAUUCCUUAGAGGAAUCUUAUCUGCAGUAUGAUGGCUUGUUGGGAUUAAGCUUGAUUCCAGAACCAAGUGCCAAUAAUGUGUUUUCAUUCCCAUCAUUGAUAAGCUAUUUAGUGAAUCAGCAAUUAAUUUCCCAAAGAAUAUUCUCAGUGUAUUUGAGUGAAUUUUUAAAUGUAAAUCAACAACAUCAGAAAGGAAAGGGAGCUCUUGUGCUUGGAGGCUACUCCAGCGAUUACUAUGUGGGAGAUGUGAAAUUUUAUCCAAUUCCAAGUGAUGCUGCACAUUGGAGUUUUGAAUUUGACGGUUUAAAGGUCAAUGGCAAGCUAUUCCAAAAUUUGGGGUGUGGUAUUGGCUACAAAAAGAAAUGCAUGGCUCAAUUAGAUACAAGUGCUUUCACAAUUUUUACUGACAGUUAUACGUAUUCGAAUUUGCAAAUCGGCGCCAAUGUAUCAAUUCCUGCUGAUUGUUCACAAAUCAAACUCACAAGUAUUCCAACCUUUUCGUUUGUAAUUGGAGGCAAUGAUUAUGUGAUCAAGCCACAAGAUUUUGUGAUUGAAAAUAAGGCACCCGUUUUUGGCCAACUGGUGUGUCAAGGAGCUAUCAAUCAAGCGGAUGGUCUGCAACAAGGAGAAUGGAUUUUUGGAGCUGUAUUCCAGUCAAUUUUUUACACUAUCUAUGAUCAACAAAAUGGUCGUAUUGGACUUGCAACGGCAAAGCAUAAUUAA